CUACGUAUUUCUCACACAGAGACCAACAAACUCUCCGGCAAACAAGACCUCACUUCUUCUUCCUCCAGAAAUUUUCCAACUUUUUAAAAUUUCCAUACAGUUUACAUUCAUAAAAAGGAACGACGCCAAGGAAAGAAAACUGGAUAAGCUGAAUGAAAAUUUGUGGAGCAGUCUGAUAAGCACGGAUAAGUUCGACGAGGGAUACAUUUUUUUAAACUCCGGAACACACAUCUCACCCCCAAAUUUUCUUAACGAGCCAUUGCAAAUUUCCACUAAAGAUGUCACAACGUCUGAACCCCAUACGCGGUGGGAGCGGCGCGUCGUUCGUGGUGGCAGUCGCGGGACGGAGAAGGCCCCACCGCGACCACUCUGAGACAAGCAACCUGCACAACAGCAGGAUCGACACCUACUCCGGCUUUGCGGACGGUUUGGCCGAUUAGAAAGGGGUCUCGAGUUCCUUCAUCGUUCCGGAAGUGGGGGCGACCAAGAAGAGGAAAAGGCCGGCCAAACCGCUCAAAUUCAGUGACGAUGAAGAUGACGAUGCCAAGGAGAACGACACGAUGGCGGAUCCGCUAGCGCGAAUUGAAAAGUGGGUGAACCACCAACACGCGUCCUUUGACCCGGCGAGAGACACCUUCGCGCCUGGCAGGGUCACCUUCGCGGCUGGCAGGGAAACCUUCGCGCCUGGCAGGGAAACCUUCGCGCCUGGCAGGGUCACCUUCGCCUCCUUCGCCGACACGACGUCGUCAAGCCUCGUGACCUCGUCCGUUAUCCCGAAUCAGUCGUCUGAUUUUUCGCUCAGAAACGCCUCCACGCUUGCGCAAUCCAUGGCGGAACUCGACGCCGCGAUGGACGCGACCAACUUUCCCGUCGCGUUUCAAAACUACGAGAAAAAGAGGGCGGAACGACGCCGAGGAAGGAAAACUGGACGAGCUGAGCGUCUCUGGAAAAUUGUGGAGGAGCCGGAAUCCAGGAGGGAAGAAGCUCCCGAACCGACCCCAUCUCGAACACGCACAUCACGCCAAAAUCUAAAAGAAGAGUCGUUGACUUGGAAAACUCAACGCCACCGGUGUCACGUGUGUCGAAAAAGUCUCUCCUCCAAAGAUUCCCUCACCAGACAUCGUUUCUCCCACCUCAGCGAAAAAGAGAAGGCCGCCCUCGUGGCGCAGGGAUCGGGUCAAGCGUGCUUUUUUUGCGACAAGAUAUUCCGCGACAAAAGCCAUUAUCAUCGCCACCUGGCCACUCACACGACGGAGAAACCUUUCCGCUGCGACCAGUGUGGGAAACAGUUCAGUUUGAAAAGUAACUUAACCAGGCAUGCGCCCAUUCACUCCGCGGAUCCGCGACCAUUCAAGUGCACCGAGUGCGACGAAGCGUUCACUCGAAAAGCAUCCCUGGUCAGCCAUAAGAAGAUUAUUCACCAGAAGCGGAAGGACUUCGCGUGCCCCGAGUGCGGCAAGAAGUUCUGUACGAAGGGUAACAUGGUGCAGCCUGUGAGGGGUGUUCAUGCCAAAAUCCGGCACCCCUGCCCCCACUGCGGGAAGACAUUCACAGAGAAAGGCAGCCUUAGGACACAUUUGAGGAAGCUUCAUCCCCAAGAAUUAAGUCCUUGUUCAUCUGCCCAUUGACCCCUCGUCAAAUUACGACGUAUUCUUUAUAUUUUUCCAGUUUCACUAUUGUGACACGAUAAUUAUUCUCGUUCGACUGAUAAAAAUGACAUGCUUGAAGUAUUAAGUUGAAUCCAUGACACUAUUUUUCUUACCUGUUAGAGACCAUAACGAUUUUUAAUUAGUAAAGGAAUUUCGUUUUAGAUCAAAAAAA